AUGGCCCCGCGAGGCCCGUCCUCGAUCUCCCCUCGCGCCCCGCCCAAGAAUGGCGCCGAGGCUCUCGUCCGCGCCCUGCACGAGGGCGGCGUGGACGUGUGCUUCGCGAACCCCGGCACGACGGAGAUGUGGCUCGUGGGCGCGCUGGACUCCCUCGGCCCCGACGCGAUUCGACCGGUGCUCGGCCUCCACGAGACGGUCGUGAGCGGCGCCGCGGACGGGUACGCGAGGAUGGCGCGCAAGCCCGCGUGCACCCUCCUGCACCUCGGCCCGGGGCUCGCCAACGCCCUCGCCAACCUCCACAACGCGCGUCGCGCCAACUCCCCAGUUCUCGUCAUCGUCGGCGACCAGUCCACCUGGCACCACGGAGCCGACUCGUUGCUCGAGACGGACAUCGAGUCCCUCGCGUCGACCGUGAGCUCGUGGGUUCGAACAUCCGACAUCCCGGGCGCGAUUCGCGCGGACGCCAUCGACGCCCUCGAGGCGACGCGGCGGCGCGAGAGCAACGCCCCGGCGACGUCCAAGGGCCGCGUCGCGACCCUCGUCGUGCCGCACGAUCGCGGCUGGGAAAAGCCCGACGGACCGGACGGCGCCUUCGUUGCGCUGAGCGAGGUCCUCACCGUCGAGGAGGCGGUCAGGGUGGGCGACCCGAAGCCGAUAGACGCGAACAAAGUGCGGGGUUUCCUCGCGCAGUGCGCCGCCGCCGUCGUCGCGUGCUCGCCGGGGAAGUGCGCCUUCUACGCCGCGGGGGACGCGACGCUCGCCGACGACGGAGCCCUCGACGCGCUCGGGAAAGUCGCCGCGGUGACUGGAGCCCACGUCCUGUGCGAGAACGCCUUCGCGAGGGUCGACCGCGGCGGGACCCUCCCUCACCUCACGCGGCUGCCUUACUUUCCAAAAGACGCGGCGGCUGCGCUCGAGGCGUACGAGGUUGUGGUCACCUGCGACGCCAGGAGGCCCAUCGCGAUGUUCGGCUACGACGGCCAAGGCCCGUCGCACCUCCUUCGGCAAACCGACGACGACGUGUGGGAGAUCGACUGCGGCGGGGACGUCGCCGGUAACGUCAAGGUCCUCCUCGAGGAGGUGGUGAAGAUCGUCGGCGAGAACGUCGCGGACGCCAAGAUCGCGGCCAAGGCGGCGCAGAGACCGCCGCCGCCGAAGAUGCCCCUCGACGAAAAGCUCAACCCCGUCGCUUUGUGCGCCGUCGUCGCGUGCUCGCAACCGGCGAGAUGCAUCGUGGUCGACGAGUCGCUGACCAGCGGCGGGUCGUACUGGGACCAGAGCGCCGGGUGCCCCGAGUUUACCCACGUGACCCUGACGGGCGGGGCGAUCGGAUUCGGACCGCCCGCGUCCGUCGGCGCGGCGGUGGCGUGCCCCGAUCGAUGGGUCAUCAACCUUCAGGCGGACGGCAGCGCAAUGUACUCGACGCAGGCGCUGUGGACGCAGGCGAGGGAGUCGCUCAAGGUGAUCACCGUCGUGUGCGCCAAUCGCGCGUACCAGAUUCUCAAGAUCGAGAUGGCCAUGCAGCGCGUCGGCCCGUCCGGUCCCGUGGCGAAGAGUCUCACCGACUUGACGCAGCCGGCGAUUGACUGGGUCAGCGUGGCGAAGGGUCACGGGGUCCCGGCUUCCACCGUCAACACGGUCCGCGAGCUGCGCGCGGCGCUCGAGGAGGCGUUCGCGAGGUCGGGACCGACGCUCAUCGAGGCGAACCUCGCGGCUUGA